GCGUCAAGAUAUUGCGUAAUCGCUAAAUUGACGUUAACUUUAGACAGGAACCUGUGAAGUAAAUAUUACACGUGACGGCGUGAGUAAUAAAAUCUUUGAAUAAGUUAUCAUCGUUAGUCCGACUCUAUUGGAGGAGGAGGCCAAUUUGUGAUAAAUAUCAUAUGACUGGAUGGAAUCAGAGCUAGAUGUCUUCUUUCACGCUCAACACGGGCCAUGGCCAAUCUCUCAGCGGGUUUACGAACAGAACUAGCGACGUCUUCGGCUCCCUCGGCGGACUCGAAAAGAACUACGACGAAGCCGUGAAGGAGAGGGGACCCGAUGAAUUCUUGGACGAAGACAGAGAAAGCCCAGAGAGGGAAUUCAAGAAACCUGCCCCUCCCCGCCACGAUAGUGGUAGAGGCCAGAGAGAGCAUGGACAUGAUGGAGGCAGACGGGGUUGGGAUCGUCCACACUCGAGGGGGAGGGGUGGCAGGUCGUCAUAUCGUGAGGGGCAGAGGAGGCAACAAAAGACGCCGGAUUACAAGAUGCACCCCGAACGAUGGACCGAAUACAGCCUCGAGGACACCGACGUAUCGGGAGAGUCUGCAAACAAGAGAGCAGCUGUAGACUUUUUCAGGGAUCUAAGGAAGAGAAAAGCAGAAGAGCAGAGGGAACAGGCAUGGGAUGCCGACCUUUAUACAGGGAAAUUAGAGUACAAAAAGCCUGUCUUGAAGUCUAAUACUGAACAGUCCGAUCAAACAGAUAAAAAACAAAGCUAUGGCGAUGUUCAUAAGAUGGCCGAAUUUCAGUUUGGACAGUCUAAACCAAAGGUGAGGAAGCUGCCAUCUGAACGGGCAUCAAGUAGCCAGGGCAGUGGCUCAUCGAUAUCGGACUCAAUAAGCUUGGGGCAUUUGGGUGAAGAGGAAGAUGGUAGCCAGUCAGAAGGCUCCAUCAAAGAAACUGACCAAUCAUGCGAUAGCAGCAUUAAGAUUAUCCAAUCAGAUUCUUCUAAGACUGUAGGGAAUGAUGCUGAAGAUGGAGAUGAGUUGAAAGAAGCCACGGGCGAUGGAAGAGGUAAAACCGAAAAGCCCGUUUUCCAGAGAAAAACGGGGAAAGGAAAGAGGCACAUUCGAGGGAGAAAAACCACAGAUGAAAAUGAUGACUAGAUAAGAAUGUUCAUAGAUUUCAAGGGAAUUAGUUAUGUAGAGAGCCAUUUUACAUGUACCGGUAUCUCAUCCUUCAUAUUUUGAUCCUACUUAUUUUACAGUCAGUUUGCCUGCUGACCAUUUAAUUUCACAAUACGGUGCGCCAUCAUUCGGUUGCAGUGAACGGGCCAAAUUUCUAACUUCGGGGUCGACAUCGAUGCCCACAGGCAGCGCACAGUGCCAGUGUACAAUGUGACUGUGAUGCUUCAAAAAUGAAGACCAUAUGGCAAGAAUUGGCGAAAAACGUCUAAAUUUCUCAAAGAAAUAUGUGGGCAAAUUUCUCUCCCUCCUACUGGACCUUAGUAAACAGCAUAUUCGGUCGAGUGGAGUUGGCCAGCUCUGAAUAAUCACAGGCAUGAAUGCACUUUAGUAUUAGCACACGCAACAGAUUUCAAUUUUUUUCCCAUGAGGCAUGGCGAAUUACGGUCUGUCCGCUGCAACCGAUAGAUGGCGCACCGUAUUGUGAUUCCACCGAAUUGUCAUAUAUAUCACAUUUACCAUUUUGACUAAUUUCCAAUGAGGCUAUACCCACUUUUGACACCAAUUUAUCUUUUAAAAUUGUAUUUAAAUGAGAAGCUUAUUUAAAUUUUGUUUGACAAAGAAAGGGAAGUGGAUUAUUAGGCUUUAGACUGAUAGUACCUUGGAUGUUGUCUUGUAGAACAUUUCGAUCAUUAUUUUCAACUCCAUGUAGGAUUACCCCAAGGUUUGAUUAUAGAAGUGUAGUAGCCAUUGAUUCUGUUUUUAAGUACCGAUUCUCUGUGAGAAUGAAAGUAUUCAUUUAGAUAUCUAGCAUCCUCCCUCUGAUACAUGUAUGUAAAUUCUUUAAACUGGGAUUCAUCCUUGGUCAUUAAUGUUGUGUGGGAAGGAGAACAAUAAAUAAAACAGAAUGGUGAGAGUUUGAAAGAAAUCAGACAAGCAAUAGGAAACUUAUGGCUACCAUACUUAAAAAUUGAGAUCCCUAAGACUGCAAUUUUCCAAUUUGCGACUGGGUAAAUGAAUUAUGCAGGGGUAAGGACAACUUUCCCAUAGGCCAUUUACUUUAUUCUCAGGGAUUUGUGGUUGUCUCCCAAGUUCCCAUUCCCCUGGGGCAGUAAUCUAAUUAUAUCCCAGGUUGCAUAUUUUAUGUCCUCUUGAAAUUAAAAUAUAAUUGGAAGUAAAAUUGUUCAAAAAAUGAAGUUUUAGCCAUUACAUGUAUUUGUAUUGGAGUACAUGGAAGAGUAGUCCUUAAUACCUUACAUCACUAUGAUAUCACAAAUGAGGCCGGCCAAUUUUAAGUCUCCAUUGGGAUAUUGAUUACCAAUUUUUACAAAUUUUAAAAAUACAUACGUGUAAAUUUCUUAUUGUUUGUCUGAUAUUAUUCAAACUUUCCCCUAUUAACUUGUCUGAUUUUUUUAUCUCUUUCCUCUAAAAACAAAAAAAGGCCCCUUGAGCAAAAAAAAGUUACUGAAUAUCAGAAAUCUAUAGACAAAGAUUAUUCCUUGAUUUUUGUCUCACCUGCGAAGCAGAGUGAGACUAUAGGCGCCGUUUUUCCGACGGCGGCGGCGACGGCAGCAGCGUCAACACCAAAUCUUAACCAUAGGUUACGUUUUUUUAAUGACAGCAUAACUUAGAAAGUAUAUGGACCUGGUUCAUGAAACUUGGCCAUAAGGUUAAUCAAGUAUUACUGAACAUCCUGCCUUAGUUUCAGGUCACAUGACCAAGGUCAAAGGUCAUUUAGGGUCUUUGAACUUAGACCAUGUUGGGGGAAUCAACAUCAAAAUAUUAACCUAAGGUUAAGUUUUUUAAAUGUCAUCAUAACUUAGAAAAUAUAUGAACCUAGUUCAUGAAACUUGGACGAAAGAGUAAUCAAGUAUCACUGAACAUCCUGUGCGAAAUUUCAGGUCACAUGACCAACAUCAAAGGUCAAUGAACUUUGGCCAUAAUGUGGGUAUCUGUUGAAUUACCAUCAUAACUUCGAAAGCUUAUGGAUCUGAUUCAUUAAACUUGGACAAAAGAGUCAUCAAGUAUCACUGAACAUCUCAUGCGAGUUUCAGGUCACAUGACGAAAGUCAAAGGCCAUUUAAGGUCAUUAAACUUUGGCAAUUUUAGAGGUAAUUAUUAGAUUGCUGUUAUAACUUUCAAAGUCUAUAGAUAUAGUGUAUAAAAUGUGGAUAUAGGGGUAAUCAAGUAUCACUGACAAGUUUAAGGUCACAUGAUCAAGGUCAAAUAUCAAUGAACGUAGUAUUGUAUCAUUAUAUGAAUAGUGUUUUUUGUGAAUAAUUAUUUUAUAGUACAUGUAGUUUUCAAAGUCAGCACUACUGCUAUGUAUAUUGAAUCGCGUGAUGCAGGUGAGACCACCAGAGGCAUUCCACUUGUUAGUUAGCCCUUUCCAUGCUUUGGAAUAGGAUUUGUACAAUAAGAUAGAACAUUCAGAUAUUUUAUUUAGAUCGCAAACCUGAUCAAAUGCAAUCUUAUAUAAAACUGCAACAUUUAUACUUUUAAACAAAUUCCAUGCUAGUACAUACAUGUAUCCCCCACCUUGUAACUGUUGUAGGGUAUAUACAGUGUGUCCCACAAAAAAUAUUAGUGGGACUAGAUGGGUAUAAUAUUAAAAUUACUACAUUGUAUUGUUUAUAUUUUUACACCCAUAAUAUAAAUUUCAUUUUCUACAUCUGGAUUUAUUUUAUGUGAUAUAAUCCGCUUUAAUAUCACAAAAAUACGACAAUUUGUUCAUUGCACAGUAGGAAACCCCUCCAUCCAAGUUUUGUA